AUGGCCAUGGAUGCUGGAUUGAAGAAGCAGAUCGAUGGCCUUCUCGAAGAGGCAGAGAAGGGCUCGCUGCUGCAGUCCAUGGAGAAGAUCUAUGCCAUCCUUCGGGACCACGGCCUCAUGUGGUCAUCAACCGUCCACAGUCGUUGGAUUGGUGUACAUGAAAGCAACCGGGACGGGACAGGCAUCAGUCCAGAUCAUGUCCAGAAGCUCUGCUUGGACUUCUUUGAGUUUGGCUACGUCCCCAGCGCAUCCCGCAGGAUCUGCAUUGAACUGGGGACGGGUGACAGGUGCAGUGACGAUACACGUGCCUACAAUGACAAGUUGGUCCAGCAGUCCAACAACCUGUUGCCGCCCAUCAAGGACAAGUUGCGUUUUGCCACCAUAGCUGGGUCACAUUCCAAUCAAGUGAUGAGGAUGUGGUUCUAUGGAAUGGAGCAUGCAAGUGAGAAGCUGACCACCGGUGGCCGAUUGAGCUCAGAGAUCCUGCAGCGCUCAGAUUCCUUGUGCUGGCAGGCUGUUCAUCAGGGCGUGGAGUGGGAGAUCAUUUCCUCACUGGUGCCAGCCACCUGGAAGCACUUCGCAUCGUUGGCUUCAAGCGCUGCGAACAGUGCUCAACAAGUGUCACAGGGUGAGACAGACUUGCAAGUCUGCAAGAAGAUUGCCAGCACAUGGCAGGCAUGCAAUGCAGGCAAUGUCAUGACAUACCAGGAGAUGAAGCCAAUUCUUCUGAGGAGCAAGCCGCCCAGAACUGAAACAAUUCCUCACUUGUUCUCUUUCAUGAUGAAAUGUGGAGGAGGAGCCACCGGGCACUUGAUGCAGGCCACUGAAAGCUUUGUGAGAUGCAAUGGCAUCUCCUCGAGGAGGCUUCCAGUGCAAGCGUGGGACUACCUCGCCACUGACGUGAAGAACAAGCAAGGGGAGCAGGCAGUUCUAUGGCGGCACGCCAUGCUGAAGACCAUGUACUGCGUGGAAAAUGGUUUGACUCCUGCAGACAUCAAGAAAUCGUUCAGCAAUGGCAGCAUUUUCCAACAGGUCUUGGUGUUUGAACGGACGCACCAAGAGCUGAGGAAGCUCGGUGCCUCUAUGAGUGAGUUGUCUGGCCACAUGCUGGCCCAGGGGCUUGGCGUGUUUGAGGUGGACAGUGUCAUGGCAAUUUUGGGAAAGAAAUUCAAAGGUCCCCAUGAGCCCUUUUCUGACUUCAAAGAUCUACGCCAUGCUGCUCACAAAUGUGGCACGUGCUGGAAUGAACAUGUGAAACAGCCAGUCACGUCACCAUGGGCUGCAGAUGUCGCAGCAUCAACACCAUCGGCAUCGGCCUCUCAGACUUCACGGCCAUCAUCGGCAAAGGGCAGGAUCCGUGACAUCAGUGAGGGUGGUCGCUUGACUUCGGCCUCCAUCGUGCUUGAUGCUGGUUUCGAUGUUGGCUCCAAAAUUGUGAGGAAGUCUGACAACAAGGAAGCCACGAUCAAGGAAAUGUCAAGCAUCAGAGUGGUUGUGACAUGCGAUGACGGGAAGGAUUACGACCUAAAGGUUGAUGACCUGAUUGGCGGCAAAUGGAAACAUCAACCAAAAGAAAAAGCACCAGAACUUGUCAAGGAUCCUGAGGUAUGGAAGGAACUGUUGAAGAUGGGGGUCAUGAGGGCUGAUGUCAUCAAACGAAUCCAUGAAACAGUUCAGCAGUGUCCGGACCAACUCAAGGGCUUGGAUCUCAUUCAGAAGCCAAAGGGUGUUUCAGCCUCAAGUGACUUUGGCAAGGGCAAACUGCAACUUGUUCCAAUCACGACCAGGGUGGAGAUAGUUGAUGAGUGCACUGAUCAUCGGCUUCCACCAAGUGCGUUGCGCAUUUGUGGAGAGAAGAUCGACGGGAAAGAUCAUGGUGUCUUUCUGCUGCCGCCCAAUGUCCCAGUUCCGUUCUGGAUGAUGAAGACAACAGAUAGUGCAAAUGAUGACGGGGCCAACAUGGAACUGGUGAAGAAGGGCAACAAAAUGUUUGUGGCGAGGAACACGCAGGCGGUCUCUGCAGGUGAUCCACUGGUGCUGGUGAGGGAUGACAUGGCUGCUGCAAAGAAGCCUGAACCGCUACAACCAGCCACCCGCCCUCUGAAGAGGCAACGAAAGACAGCAUAA